AUUGCUCAAAAGUCUCAAAAAAUAAAAAAAACGAAAGAGGGAAGAGGAAAUCCUAUUGAACUCCAAGGUUCUUUUUCGCAUGGCGGUUUAUCAGAUCUUCGUCAAACUUCUCGAUGGCCGGACUCAAUGCCUCCAGAUCUCAUCUCCGAUUAUCUCCGGCGAAACCCUGAAAAGACAUCUCUUCGCGAAAACUAGAAUUCCUGAUCAUCCUUUCCUGCGCUUGAUCACGGGAUCUAGGAUCGUAUCCGACGAAACCCUAAUCUCCGCCUCUGCCGAUGGAUUCUUUCCAUCAUGCGUUCUCCUUCUCCGCCUUUCCGGUGGCAAGGGCGGCUUUGGAUCGUUGCUACGUGGAGCGGCUACUAAGGCUGGGCAGAAGAAAACCAACAACUUCGACGCGUGCAGGGACAUGAGUGGCCGCCGUCUCCGUCACGUCAACGCGGAGAGGAAGCUCGAGGAAUGGAAGGCAGAUGCGGAGGACAGGAGGCUGGAGAAGCUGGGGGAGCAGUUCUUGAGGAAGAGGGCGAAGGAGACAAAGAAGAAUUCCUCGGUAGAUGUUGACAAGUACCUGGAGAAAUACCGGGAGGAUUCGGCCAAGUGCAUGAAGGAGGUUGAUGAAUCUGUUCGUCAGUCCUUUGAUGUCUACAGGGAUUUGAAGCGGAAGACCUGCCCAUCGUCCCAACGGUCCUCCAAACGAUUCAAGAUAUGGCUGGGGAAGAAGAAAGUAGAUGAGAGUUGCAGUGAAGAUGAUGAUGAUGUAAAUGAUAGUGAUGAUGAUGAUGAGACUGAAGGCAAAUCAGUUGUGCUUGAUGAUGGAAAUUUUCUGAGGCAAAAUAAGGGAGCCAACAUGAAUCCAUCAACAGUUAUUCGUUCUGGUGCUAGUUCUGAUGGAGAGUCAUCUGGUGGAGCUUCAGACCAGAGUAAUUUGAGCAGGCAAAUGGAAAUUUACUUAAUGAAGGAUCUUCGGGAAAUGUUUCAGAACAGAGUAAUUCAGAGGAAUUAAGAUAAAUGUGGCAUAUUUCCCGUAGCGGAUCAAAGUUGUCCAAAUUGGGAAAACAAUUUUGGCUCAACUGGUUCAUCUAAAACUGAAUCUAUGGUUCCUGAAUCAGCUGUUCUGAAUGAUGAUAUUUCUAAUGGGGUAAAAGAGCCUGAAAAAGAUGAGCUGAAACCAGAGUUGCACAGCCAGAUAAAGCCUUCCGUGGGUGAUGAACUGGAUGCUCAAGUCAUUGACUAUUCUAGCAUGGAGGAACCACUGAAUUUUGAUAAGUAUAGCUCAGCAACAGAACUAGAGGUUCUUGGCAUGGACAGGCUAAAGAUGGAGCUGCAGGCACGAGGACUAAAGUGUGGAGGUACACUGCAGGAGCGAGCUUCCAGGCUUUUUCUGCUGAAAACGACUCCUUUGGACAAGGUGCCCAAGAAGUUACUUGCUAAGCCCUCAAGCCAAGGGAAAUAAAGAGCAAAGCAUACAAAGCCAAGAGAAAUGAAGAUGCAACAUACAAGUAGGGCUUUAAUUAGUACCAUUUUUUAUCCUCUCUUGCUCAUCUUU